AUGGAUUUUUCCACACGUCCUCAGUUAACAAAUGAAGUUAUACAGAAUACCGAUGUAGAUUGUAUUGGAUCUAAUCUCAAAAAGAUGACAACCAAUAAAUGGGAUAUUUCUGAAAACUUUUUUGAUUUUUCGACAGAGUCUUUAGAAUAUUUAGAAAUGAUUUCAACUCCAUCAAUAAGUUUCAAAUACCCAAUCAAUUCAAAGAGUUUCAGGACAACUUUAGGAAAAAAAAUUGAAGAACCUUUGGCUCUGUCUCUAUUUACUACACCCUUAAAAGAUACUUUUAUGGUUUAUCGAGAUUCAACAUUAUCGAACAAUGAGAAUUAUGGGUUAUAUGUUAAUAAUGAUUUAAAAAACACUUUAAGUGACCCUUUUGUUUGUAAUAAUGUCCAUUUUGUAACAAGAAAUAUCCCGUCAAUGGCAAAUGUUGUUUCGAAUGGGAUAUUUUCUUAUUAUUUAACAAGUGAUUUCGAUUUCAAUUCUUUCAAAAAUUUAUCAACACAUAAUAAUAUAAAUAAUUUAUUUUUAUCAAGCUUCCCGGGUGUAUCUUAUCCACUGGUUCCGCUAUCGAUAUUGUUAGGUUCAAAUGAUCCAAAUAGUGAAGUUAUGUUUUCUACUAUAGUAUUUACCAACACUCAGAAUUUCCAUAUUAAUGGGGAACUUCCAUUCUCAAAACUUCCAAAUAAUCUUAGAGUAUUUUCAUAUUUGUCAGGGCCAUUAAAAAAACCUCCAAACUAUAAAAUAUUUGAUAAUACAGAUAUUAGUUCUUCAUCAUUUGAGUUUAACCAAAUUAGUGGUGAUUUACCAAAAUGGGAUGGUUCAAAAAACAAUAUAACAUUCUUAGACUUAAGCUCCAAUUCAAUAACUGGAACUAUUGAUGAAUCCUAUUGCUCUGUGGAAUUAUUUAUAAGAAAUAAUUCAAUGACAGGGAAAAUUCCAGAUUGUUUUACAUGCCAUUUUAGCGAUGAUUAUUUUAAAUUAAAUUUUGAACACAAUUUAUUCGAUAACUUCGAUACAAUAGGAACAUGCAAAACUAUUCCAAAAUUAAAAUAUUUAAACCAAACAUUUUGGAAACAAAACAAAAUAGUAACAGAACCAGUAUUAUCAUUAAUGGGUCAAAAUAUUGGAUAUUUAGACCAUGAUAUUGUAUCAAAUAUAGAUUUUAAUUAUAUUCUAAAAUCUAAUUCAAUAAUUAUUGCACAUGGUUCCUAUACUCCGAAUAGAGUUAUUCACGAUAUAAGUUUCAGGAGUACUGGUCAAAAAUUUACAUUAACUCCAGAUCCAUAUCCUCCAUUUUUAUCAAAUAUAACAUCAAAUAAUCACAUUUUAGAAUUCAAAGGUUUAUAUUAUUCAUACAAUAUCACUGAAAUAACAAUAAUAAUUGGUGGUAGAUCUUGUGAUGUAACUGAUUCAACAUUCUAUCAAAUUACAUGUACUUUAACAACAUAUCCAAAUCAACUGAAUAAUGUAUCAGGUACAAUCAAAGUAGAUCAAUUACAAACAAAAUUCAAUUUAAAUUUAGAUAACAACGAUGGUAACGAAGUAUUCAACAACUAUACAUCAUGUCUAGACAACUGUGAAUCAUAUAAUGGUAAUAUAUGCAACUAUAAUACUGGUAUUUGUGAAUGCCCCAAAGACUGGACUGGUGAAAACUGUUUUACUCCAUUACAUUAUGUAUCAUCAAUCAUACCAACAUACGAAGAGGGUGGUUUAGCUACAAUGAAUGGAUGGUUCGGAGACAUUCAUCAAGAUUUUAAUGUAAAAAUCGGUGAUCAAGAAUGCAAAAUAGAUACUAUAUCAUCAAAUACAAUCACAUGCAACAUUGGAGCAAGUACUGGUAAAAAAGAUGUUACUGUAUAUCAAAAUGGAAUCACAUGGAAAUCAUACAACUUUUAUAUAUACCAACCAAAACAAAAAAUAUGUUUAAACAACUGUACCGAUACUAACCAUGGUAUUUGUAAUACAUCAAAUGGGAUUUGCGAUUGUAAAUCAGGAUGGGUUGGAUUCGAUUGUAGUUCACCCUCAAAUAAUAAAAACAAUGGUAAUACCAAUAGUACAGUUAAUUCUGACGGUUCAACAACAAUUAAAAACGAUCAAACAACAUACAAUAUAUUAAUCACAUCAUUAUUAGAACUCGAUAUCAACAGUGAUACAGUUAAACAAUAUCCACUUCAAAACCAUUGGAAUAUAGCAUCAAAUGAUAAAAAAGGAUCAAAUGUAACAUUCACCCAAAUAUUAGACGAAACUGAAUGCCAAAUCGUUUUAUCCAUUCUAGAAAUAGAAAAUGAUAUUCAAUAUUCAUUCGCAGGUAUAGAUUUCAAAUUAGAUAAAGGUUCAAUUAAAGUUUCAAUUUCAAUUCACAACUACAACUAUCAAAGUCCACUCAAUACAUUGCAAUUACAAAUGAUAUCAAAUGUAUCAGAUUCAACAUCCAACGACUGUAACAGCAAAUCAGCAUCAACAUCAACAUCAAUAUUAGACAAUCAAACAUUAAACUAUAUAUCGAUCAAUAAAGAUAGCAAGAUCCUAUAUGGUAGAUUUAUAAAUAGAGCAAUAUCAGAUGGGCACACAACAUUAAUCACCACAUCAUUAGUAUCGAAUCAAAACGAAUCAGUAACCAUUGGUAUUAACAUUCCUCAUUGUAGGACAUCAUGUUAUAUCGACCCUGACUUUUCAGCAUUGAUAAAUUCCAAUUUUAAAUCAAACUGUGACAAUUCCAAAAGCAAUACUGCUCUGAUUGCAACUCUUGUAAGCUGUAUCGGUGUAGCCACUAUUUUCAUUUUGGCAGGUGCUUUUUAUCUUUUUUAUAAAAAAAGUACCAAAACUAAAGUUUUAGUUUUUAAACUUAAAAAAAUAAUUAAAGCCGAGAAAUAA